AUGGUAUUUUUAUAUGUACCAGGUAGUAGUGGAAAAACAUUUCUGAUCAAUUUGAUCUUGGCUAAAAUGAGAUCAAAAGCAAGUAUUGCUCUUACUGUUGCUUCAUCAAGCAUUGCAGCUACAUUAUUGGAAGGAGGAAGAACAGCCCAUUCAGCAUUCAAACUGCCACAGAGUGUCAAUCAUGCAGAUAAAGCAGUUUGUAGCAUAAAAAGAGGUACUGACACAGUAAAAGUUUUGCAAGAAUGCAACGUGAUUAUAUGGGACGAAUGCACCAUGUCACACAAACAUGCUUUUGAAGGUCUGAACAAAACUCUCCAGAAUAUCAGGCUAAAUUAUUACAUAUUUGGUAGUGUUACAAUGGUACUCUCAGUCGUUCCAAGAGGUACCAGAGCUGAUGAAGUCAAUGCAAGUGUUAAGAUUUCUUUCUUAUGGAAUAAUGUCCAUAAAAUCUACUUGAAAAGAAAUAUGAGAGUUCAUCUCACAGGAAAUUCAGAACCUGGAGAACUUGCAAAACUCCUUCUCAAAAUAGGUGCUGGCAAAAUUCCUAUAGAACCACACAGUAGCAAUAUUGUCAUACCAAGUAUGUGUGGAAAAUUGUUUUCAAAUGUGGAUGAAUUAGCAGAAGUCGUAUUUCCCAGCCUUGGUGAAAAUUACAGAAAUAGCUCUUGGUUAAGUAAAAGGGCCAUACUUGUACCAAGAAAUGAUGUAGUCAAUGAAAUUAUCUGCAAACUACUUUAG